CCCCUCAGCGCGGCGCCGCCAUGGCGCUGGGAGCGGAGGCGGCCGCGGCUCCCCUCGGCGCCUUCCUGCGGGACUUCCCCGCGCCGCUGGGCCCGGGGGAGCCGCCGCCGUGGGGCGCGGCGGGGAGCGGCGCCCUGAGCCAGGCCGAGGCGCCGGGGGCGCUGGCCGAGCUGGCGAGGAGCCUCCUGGGCGGCAGAGGUUUUUCACCACUUCUUGCAGCAUCGUUGAUCCAUGCUGCAGUUGAUGAAGUUCUCCGAACAGACUUGACUGAAUUUAAGAAGCAAAGUGUGGAAACAGAGGGAGAAGGAGAUGAGGAAAGGUUCACCUUGCUGGAUGGAGAGUCACUGCAACGCUGCUUCUUUAACAAGCUUCGGGAUGUCUGCUUUGAAUGGCAGAAGCAGUUGCCACCACUGAGACCACUGAAGCGAUUCCUGCUUGUUUCCAUCCAUGCCAUCCGUAACAUUCGACGGAAAAUGGAGGACCGACAUGUUUUGCUCCCGGAGUUCAAUCAGCUCUUUGGUUUAUCAGAUGACAUCGAUCGCGCUUACUUUGCGGUAUUUGACGGCCAUGGUGGAGUGGAUGCUGCCAAUUAUUCAGCAACCCAUUUACAUGUAAAUGUUGGGCUACAUGAAGAGAUUGUUAAGAAUCCAGCAAAGGCCUUGAAAUGCUCUUUCCAGAAGACAGAUGAAAUGUUUCUUUUCAAAGCCAAAAGAGAGAGGCUGCGGAGUGGUACAACAGGUGUAUCUGCAUUGAUCGUAGGGAACAAGCUACACAUAGCAUGGCUAGGGGACUCGCAGGUAAUGCUUGUCCAGCAAGGAAAUGCCGUGACGUUAAUGGAACCUCACAAACCAGAGAGAGAAGAUGAGAGAGCACGUAUUGAGGCUCUGGGUGGCUGUGUAACCUAUAUGGACUGCUGGCGGGUUAAUGGUACUUUAGCUGUCUCCAGAGCAAUUGGUGAUGUGUGUCAGAAACCCUACAUCUCUGGUGAUGCAGAUGGAGAUUCAUUUGAGCUGACUGGUUCUGAAGAUUACUUGCUCCUAGCCUGUGAUGGAUUCUUUGAUGCUAUCAAGCCAUAUGAGGGUCUAAACUUUCUAAGGAGAUGUGAAUCUAAGGUAAGGAUGGAAGAGUCUUAAUGAAUGUGUAUUUUGUUUUGCAACUGUUAGAUCCAUUACAUGCUAGAGCCCCUGGCUGUGUUUUAUCCUGCUUUGCUAGCCUGGCUAGCAGAACUCAACAAGAUCUGAAGGCUCAAUGGCAAAUGUGUUAGUAAUUUCUGCAUCUAAACAAGAAAUGUUUUACAUCUGGCAGCAAGAUUGUAUGCCUAAUUUAGAAGCACAUGGCAUUGCAAUAUGUCAGUCCUGUUGAUCAAAAUGUGUUGAAAUGUAGUGUUGCUUAGGGAGGUAGAAGAGUUGAGACAACUAAACAAAGGCAAGAACAGCAGUGUGCUCAUGUCCAUACUGUCUCUGAACCGUCAGCUGGUGUGGGCAGCGCAGUUACCCGGGUGACUUGAGCCUUUUGCCAGAUUAUUGUGGGUGGUGAUCUUACAAUUUAAUGCAGCGUCCCUUCUGUGAGCUACCAUCUCAUUGCAUAGCAACCCAGACAAUGACUUUGUUGUUUUGCUGAACAACAGUUGCUUUUCCACUGAGAAGGUUGUAACCACUUUUCCAUCCUAUGUUUUACUGUCCUAAACUACGUGGUGAAAGCUUUCUAUGAGGGUAACCUGGUAGGGUAGGUGUUAAUUUUUGCAGUGAACCUACUUCAGUUAAAGAAGCCUUCAGUCCUGCAUAAUAAUCCCUUUGGAUUAAUCUCCCAUUACUAUGAUUUCUAACCCAGAUAUUCAGAGUCGUGCUAAAUUCUGAUGACCACUAGUGCCUCUUGGUGUCUUGGAAAUAGAGUUCUCAUUGUUAGCAUAGUAAGAUUCAUACAGAAUUGUUUGAUUUGACAGCUAUCUGAGGUUUAUCAGGAGAGGGGGAAGCUAUUGUAUUCAUGAAGGGAGGUAUGUAAUGUCAGUAAGUUCAUAGUAUAGUUUAGUUUCUGAAAUUUGCCAAGUUUCCUGAAGUAUGGAAGGAACUGAACAAGUCAAAUUCUUUGUAAUAAGCCUUUUAUUUUAAUCUCUUUGGGCAGAUUUGCAAUACAGAAGAAACAGUCUUUCAAUGUGGGCUUACAGCCAUGUGAGAAUGUCCUAUCAAAUUUGGAAUUAUUUUUUUUAAUGGGAUAAAAGUAAAAUACACCUUUACAAAGCUAUCUGUGGUAAUCAUAAUCUUAAUUCUUAAGCUUAGAAUGCAGAAUUUCUCCUCUAAAGCACAGAAGUUGUUUUCGUUCUGAAUAACCAAGUACAUCAUUUCUUUGAUCCUUGUGAGCAGGAAUAACCUUUGCAAAUUAGUACAGAUUUUAGAAGGGGUAGAAAGUAUUUCUCCAAUUUUCAGUGACUUCUUACUAGCUUUAAAAAGACUGGUCAGAUCUGUAGGAGAUGUAACCAGGGUGAAAAUAGCAGUUUGUAUCUUACCAGUGGAAUAAAUAAGUCUUAGCAUGUCAUCUGCAGUAAAAUUUGAUUUAAUAUACUAUUUGGGGGGGAGAAUUGCUUUUGGAGAUGUCUUAUCUGUUCUUGACAGUCUGAUUAAAAACUAUGGAAAUUUUUUUAUAACUGAAAAAAUAUUUCAAAGUUUUGACUUGUAAAUCAGUAAGGAAAGUAUGAGAAAGGACACAACUAUAGAUUUUGGAAGAGAGCUUUCAAAAUGUUAUUGAAAAUCACAAUGGAUGGUCUUACCCUCCUUGGGUUGGCAUGAAAACUCCAAUAUUUGUUUCACUUGUGACAUUAUUAUCACUUUUAGUAGCUAGCAGCUAUAAUGCAUAAUACUGUUAAAAGAAGCCUCACUAGUAUGUGUGGUGAGGAGAUGGGUAAGAGCUCUAGCAGAAGAUUAUGAAGUUGAACUAAAUAUUCCAAAAUAUGGAAUGGUGCUAUGUUUAGUAUUUUAGUUUAUUAAUUUGCAGUACUAAUCUGCUACGUUAGCUUUUCUUAUCGUUCCUCUUAAAAUUUCCUGGAUUUCAGGUGUUGGGUGUUGUUUUCUUCUGUUCUCUCUCCCUUGGGUUUCAGCAGCAUGUAGUUGUGGUGAGAGAAUGAUCUCAUCUCUCCAGGCCUUCCCAGCAUCAUCUACAUUAUAUUAAGACUUGUCUACCAGUGUUCAGUUGACUAAUUUGCCUGUCUCCUUGUUAUCUUUCUAAUGGGCAUGAGCCUUCAUCAAAACCAAUGCUUGAGCCUAGUAAAAAUCUAUGAAGCUGUAGAAGUUAGCUGAAGGAUUCAAGACAAGCGUUCAAUGAAAAAUUAUUUUCAUAUUUUACUAGACUUCAGUUAGAUGUCUGUUGCUGUAUUUUAGCACUCGGCACCAGAAAAAUUACCUUUUAAAGGAGCCUGCGUUUUUGAAACAUAGCAUUGUUAAAUUCUCACAUUGUGCUUGAUUGAAAACCAGCUUUAGUCAUGCUGCUUAGUGGGUAUACAACAUCUCUUGUGGUUCUGGGUAAUUCAUACUUCUACCUUUCUUUCCUUCCUUGCCCCACCCUCUCCUGCAAAGAAAUAUGCCUAAGACAGUAAAGUCUUCUGGGUGUGACAUAGAUGAGAUUACAGUUCUACAAAUUAAUUUUGUGUUUUUUUUUCCUAAUACAGAGGAUAGAAAGGCAGGAAAAAUUUUAGAACAGAGGGAGAUGAAGCAAAAUCCACCCUCUAAGUGAUGGAGGAGUGAAAGAGAGAGACAGGAGUGCAUUUAAGUAUUAUUAAUGCCUAUUUUAAAAAGGAAGUGGGCUGGAAAAUAGAGCUACAAAUGUCAGUUCUUUGGAGUGAAAUACCAGUGCUUGAAAGAAUUAGAAACACACCCAUUAAAAAGGCAACACUCAGAUGCGGUAACUCUGUCUUCAAACAGCCACGGAAGGAAUCACAAUGAAAGCAUCCUAGGUGACUUACGCUGACCCCUCGGCACUGUCUUGGAUGUUAAUGCUACUAAAUGGAUUUUUUUAAAACGUCUUUACGUGUAAGGGAGUGCUAAGAGGGAGCAUUCGAUAUAUGCAAUCACUGGUCACUAUGCAACUGCUGCCAUGAGUAAAUGCCAUGAAGUGUGUUAAUGAAUUGGUGCUGCUGGUAAGCUCUCACGAGAUGAGUAAUUGGGCACAGAGUAGUUACAUCAGAGCUGCCAGUUGAAUAGUGUUAAUCACAGUGAUGACUUUAAUAGCAUUUAAUAGACACUUAUCUGAAUUCAAAGUCAGAUGAGAUACUACUCUUUUUAAAAGCAUUUCCAGUGCUAUUAGCUUUCUGUCACGAAAAGCCACUAAAAUUUUAAUUUUUUUGUUGGAUGUUGGGAAAAGUGCUUCUCUUGCUUUCUGUAUUCUGGAGAUAAGUUGGCUGUCUGCAUUGGAGAGGCCAUUCUCAGUUGAUAGCUUAAAGCAGCUGUUUGGGGUUGAAACUUCCCUUCUAGCAGUCCUUUAAAAACAAGCAAAAAUGUGCUUCCAGAACAAGUGGCUGAGGAGCAUAUGUGUUUCUAAAUGGUGUUGCACAAAAAGCUGUAGCUUUAAGGAAACAGCAAAUGCCCUCAAUAUGUAAAGGAGAGAAUCAGUUAAUUGAGGUGCUUAAAGCCUAAAUUAAGAUUGCACUCUUUGUAUGAUUACUUGGGUUCUUGUGGACGCAGACACUUAAUGCAUAGCACCAGAUGUGGUAUAUUUCUGUUCUUAGAGUACUGAAGUAGCAAGCAAACGCUUUAGGGAGAAGGUGGGGGAAAUGUUAGCCACAACAGAGCAGACUGCAGAUGAUUCAUAUGUAAUUUAUCUCUAGUUAAGCCUGAAUUAAAUUUCCCUACUUAGUUCUGUUACUGUCCCUUUUACAACUGGGCCUGUGCUGUCAGACAAAAUCCUACUGGGAGGUAAUGGUCUGUUCCCCUUUUUUGAGGAGCAAACAACUGAUGGCUGGAACGUCUUUCAGGAAAGGUUGGAGAGGGAGAAAAAAGUUUUCAAAUGAGUGCAAAACUUCCUAAUCUAUGCAAAGUUGCGUGUUCUCUCUAAAGGCAUGUAUAGCAUGGCUGCAGUUGUGCUGGAAAGGGAUUGAUUUUCUGCCAAGCCUGUCAUAACCUUUACAACUGACAGCACCAAAGCCACGAGGCUGGUCCUCCCUGCUUUCCUGAAUCCUGCCACUAAAACAGCCGGCCCUGCUGAGUAUUUGUUUUGUAGUGGUGACAGCUCUAAGAGCUAAGCCUGUCACUUUCUGCAUACGUUUUGUUUGGUUUUAAUAUAUUUAAUGGAUUUCACUUUAUCCAAAGUUAUUUUGAUUUAUUUCAGUCAUCUCAGCUGGAAAGUAAUCAAAUGGAGGGAGACAUGAGGGAGCGAAUCUGCACACGUAUCAGUCAUAGACACUUCUUAAAAUACCCUAAAAUAAGCCGAUAGGCUCUUGUCGUAACCUUAUCUCUCCAAAUAGAACAGGAAGCCGAAACCUUUCGAGAGAAAAAUCACUUAAACCUUAAUUUUGGUGUGACCCACCAGAGCCCGAACAGGCAUGAGCCCUCCCCGCAAGCUGUUCAGUGCUGCCAGUUAAUGUGUUUUCCAAGCUGUGCAUGCUGCUGCUGGUGCACACAAAAAUAAACAAAAGACAGCUGUGUUGGCAGCACAGAAAUUUAGCAAGACACAGCUUUUGUCAAAUAGAAGAGGACAAAAUCAAUAGGGAAAGAAAUGUUUUCAAGCUUCUUGGAAUGCAAACAAUGGAAUAAAAAAAUGCAUCCUAGAAGAGUUGGCAGUGUGCUGUCAGCUUAAAAACCACUGUUUUAAGCAAAUAAAUUUGGCUGCUUUGUAAUGUUUGCUCUAUUUUGUUAACAAACUCCUCUCAGUCAGGGUUUCAUGUCUUGUUGAUAUGUGCUUUUUAGUCUGAAGAGAGAAGAUACAUUCAGCUCCUUAGAAAGUUAAAUUUAUGUGGGUUUUGUGACUGCUCUAGUUGAGAGAAAAUUCUGUAAUCAUACUCUAAGCUAUUAACCUGAUUACUAAUUCCCAGGAGAUACUCAUGUACCAAGCACUGAACUUACGAAUGACUAAGUGGUUCUGGAUAUCCAUGCACAAGAACAUCAGUCUUUCCUAAUCUAGUCGAUCACUUCUUGGUUUGUUAUCAUUUGUGUGGCAGUACAUUUGGCACAUGAAGGGUUUGUCACCUUGGCAGAUGGACCUGGAGGGUUUGAUGAUCACUCCCUGAAGGAAGUACUUAUCCUUUUAUCUAAGGAAUGAUUAUACCUUUUGGAUAUCUAAGGCUAAAGAGAUAAUAGCUAGGAAACUAGGGAGAUCUUAGAGGGACCUUCUCAGGACAAUUAGAUAAUGUGGCUUCUCUUUUUCAUGUUGCCUUUUCUAACUUUGUUAAAAGGCAUUCUGCUUAAUACUGGAUGAUUAAUACUACUGUUGUGUUUUUUUUCUUCAGUGUGUUUGAAGGAAUGUCGUGUUUAAUAAUAGCCAGAUGUUAGUUUUGUUGAGGGUUAAAACUUUACACCUUUUUUUUUUGCCAAUAUAGCAUUUCUUACUUCCUCUUCUUAAAGUCAGUCUUGCUCUCUCUUUUUAUUCUCUUCCCAAUUUUCUUUUUCUUCUACUUUUUAUGACAUUUUACACUGUCAGCCUCCUUCUGCUACCCCUGCCCCCACAAAAAAAUCACUGCUUAAACAGUAAACCCUGUUGGCUAUUAAGUCAGUUUAGUUGCCUCUGUAUAAUUCUAAUUUCAUCUGUGUUCAUAGUGAAGUGGUCUGAUCUUUGGAGGCCUGCAACACCAAGAGUGUAGGAAGUACCAGGUCAGCUAGGAAGAUAAGAGACUAGAGCAACUGUUCUAUUAUUGGCAUAGCCCAGUAUUGGAUGGUUAAGAAGAAAAUCCUGUUACUUGCAUGCUAUUACAUAGGAGUACUUGAGCUUUUUUCAGGUAAGAGUAGCUCUCACCGUGGAUACUGGACUCAAGAAGUAUUCUUGUCUCUAUUUUCUUGUUCCUGCAGACUGUCUGUGCUUUCAAACAUUUGCACUGUUUGCUGGGGGGGAGUGGGUGGGAAGGGGGAAGCUUUCUAAGUUUCGUCAGUGCUUCAUUUCUCUCUCUUUCCUGCGCUAGUUGACUGAACAGACAGGCUGCAGCAUACUGCGUGGCUAACCAGCCUCUCAGCCAGUGUACCUCUUCAAUGUCUGCUCUAUAUAACAACUUCAGUCCUUUGCUUGUUUAGUGGUAAGUUAGACUUCUGUAACUACUCCUGCUGACAUAAAAAUGUGUCCUUAUCAGUAUUAAAAUAGUCUAAGAGCAGAACUGUUGCUUUAGGCAUAUUUCUUGCCACUGUGUUGGCUAAUAAACCUUGAAUAAAAGUGAGAAUGGCCAGUGACUUUGAAGUAGGAGCUGUUAGCCAAGUGUUGUAGAACUGUAGUCUUUAUUUAUUUUGUAUGUUAAUCUGCACUUGUGACUCUGAGCAGAAAAGCUGUAACACAGCAGGUUUUAUAAGCUGUGGCUUAACCAGUUUCUAGUAUCUUAAAACUCUUUAUUUAAACUGACUGGUUCUGCUCACAGCUCAGAAACCUGUUGUCAUUGAUCAUUACAUGCUAUGCAUAUUGUAUGUUCAUUUACAUGGAUUGUUCUAAUAGUGCUUGUGUGUAUUAUCCUACAUUACCAUAUUUUAUAUAUAUAUAUAUGUAUGUAUGUAUUGCAUGAGGUUUAAUUUUUUUUGUAUUGUCACUUUUGUAUUCACACGGUGCCUCAUGUAUCUAUUUGCAUAUUGCAAGAAGUUGUUUCAAAGCAGUGACUGGAAACAAGUGGGGAUAAGAAUUCUUCACUGUAGGAUCUGAUGUUUCCGAAGUAUUAAUAAAGCAUAGUGAU